AUGUCUGAUGCUAGUGUGCACAAUCUUUGUGAUAUUCUGGGAGUCCCUGCAACCAUCAAUCCUGGGUGUUAUCUUGGUCUUCCUACCAUUUGGGGCAGAUCAAAAAAAGACUCCCUCUCUUUUAUCAAAGCAAAGUUGGCUGACAAGAUCCAAAAUUGGAAGCUUUUCACUCUUUCAAUGGCUGGGAGGGAAACUCUGAUAAAAUAUGUUGCCCAAACUGUUCCCACUUUCCCUAUGCAUUGUUUUAAAUUUCCAACCACUCCAUGCAAAGAGCUUGAUGCUAUGAUGGCUAAUUUCUGGUGGGGGCAGAAGAAGGAUGAGAAUAAAAUUUAUUGGAGGAGUUGGGAUUUUCUUGGUCAACCUAAAGAUAGGGGUGGCUUGGGCUUCAGAAACCUAAGUGAGUUUAACACCUUGGUCCUAGCCAAACAAGUUUGGAGACUACACUCAAAUCCUACUUCUUUUUGUGCUCAAAUUCUAAAAGAAAUUUACUAUCCUUACUCUGAUAUCCUAAAUGCCGGAAAGGGUUCCCGUGCUUCGUGGGCGUGGAGUAGCCUUCUUGAUGGAAAAAAUAUAAUUGUUGAUGAGGCAAGAUGGCAGGUUGGGAAUGGAGAGUUAAUUAAUAUUUGGGUUGACAAGUGGAUUUCUUGUUCUACCCAUGGUUUCUUGCUGCCUCUGCUCCCUGUGAACAGCUCUAGACCCCAUAUGGUGAAGGAAUUAAUUGACUGGGAUACUAGGUCUUGGAAGCUUGAUAGGAUCAGUGACCUAAUUUCUGAGGAGGACCUUUUGGAUAUUGAGUUGAUAGCUUUGGUGACCGAUCUUUGA